AUAAAGACAAAACCCUAAUCUAGCCGCCGAGUGUGUGUGAGAGAUUUCGGAUCUUCUUUACCCUUUCUCCUUCUAUAGCUGAUUUGGUGCUCUUUCGUGACAUAGCUCGCGUCGUCUUCGUGGGCUUUUAACUCGUUAGGCCAAGAAGUCCACGUUGCUUCGAAGAGUCGUUGAGCCGGAUGAGCUUAGUCCAAAAGCACUCUCGGGUCACGCCGAGGAGUCGGCGCUUCGAGCCGUUGAGCCGAGCUGUCGCUAUGUCUUAUACGGGCUGGGCUGUCUAUUCUUCGGGCCUUGAGACAUGGUCAAAUCCGUCCCCUACAGUAAGUCCCUUCCCCCAGUUCAUCUGUGAGUGACGUUCUGUUGAGCCAAUGAAUUUGAAAGGUCAAUGGUUUGGAAGGAUAGACGGUCCGUCGCGAAGACGUGAUGCUCAGUCGAUAUAUCAUGAGACGUCGUCUCGUCUUCUUGAAUUUAGGUGAUUCGAUCAAAUUCCGGUUGAACCGGUUUUCUUUCGGUUAACCCGAUUCUGACCUGAACCGUCGGUUCGAUCUGGGUCGGACCCGGUUAUCGCAGAAAGUCGAAGCGAUGCGUCGGUUUCAUGGGCGACUAGGUAAUCUUUCAAGGCUCAAGUAGGCCCAUGUAGACCCAAUGAUGACGCCUCGGGGGAAUGCUCAGCUUCUCCCCUAUAAAUACUUGCCCACUUCUCGUUUCCUUCAUUCUUCUCUGCGUAUUCAUGUACUUUCUCUCUCCUCUUCUCUACUUCUCUCUCUAGGUUGUUGUUGUAGAAUAGAUAGCAUUAUAUCGUCUGGUGGGAGAUUGUCUCUUUCAUUAAUAAUUCAAAUAUGAUUUUUAGUUCCAGUGAGAUUCAUGUUUAGCUUUUACAAGCACAUAUAAAUUGUUAAUGAAAGUUACUCACUCGUUCUCGACCAUGAAUCAUAAAUUUGAGUAACUCUAAUAAGCUUAUAGUUUUUGAAAUAAAAAAAAAAUUAGAAUUCUUAGAUGAAAUAAGGAUACAAAGAUGUAUAUGUUUAUUUUAAAUGUAUUUUGUACUUGAAAUUGGUUGUUCAUGGUGGUUGGUGUUUUGAUGACAAUGAUAAUGUUGUAAAUAAAUGAAGAAGAUGAUGAUGAAUGAGUAAAAACGCUCAUUUUUGAAAAAAAAAAUAACAUUUUCUUGAAUAACUCGAACUUAUAUGGUAAAUAUGGCAGUUCAAAAAAAGCAUGAAUCAUUUUUAUAUUUGACUUCAAAUUUUGAGUUAUAUUUUAAAACACACAUUUUUUACAAGGUAAUUUCAUCAACGAAUGGGAAGAUUAUGCGAUCUAAUUGUUGAGAUUAACUCUCCAAAUAUCUUCGCAUUUCUCCAUACUUUUCUACAACACUUUUCAACACACUCGAAAAUCAUAAAUCUAAUUAAAACAACAUUUACAUUUUUAUUGGAGUUUUAAAUAUAUAAACUGAAAAAAGUAUUAUCAAAUUGACUAUUAAAACGUUGUUAUUUUGUAAAUAAAAUCUCUUAUAUAUUAAUCGAGAAAUAUUACAACUUCUUUUUGUAGCCACAUGUCAUCAUUAAAAUGAUUCUUAGAAUCACUAGCAAAAUAUUUUGGCCCAUUUAGUUAUAUAAUAAGUUUUUAUUAAAUUAACUAUAGAUUUAUUAUUAAUGUUCUUUAUUAUUUUUUUAAAUAAAAAUUACGGAUUUGUCUAAUGUGGUUAAAAUAUAUAUGUCAAUUAAUGAUUUUAAAUAAUAAAAAUUUGAUAAAAAUUAGUAUAUUUUAUCAUAUUUGUUUAAUUUUAAACUAUUAAAAUAAAUUAAACAAUCACAUUAACCAUAUAAUAAAAAUUUAUAUUUUUAUGUAUAUGCUAUAUUUUGAAGACAUGUUGGUCCAGCUAUCUGAUUUUGAUUAAAGUAAUUAAUAAAGGGCCCAUGAGGCUUCGUGCCUUUAAAGGCCUUCCAAAAGAAAGAAGGAAUCCUUCUAUCUUUCCGUGCACUCUUAUUCGGUUAGAGUGGUAACGUGCGCGUGGUAUUCUAUCGUGCACGCGAAGCAGAGACAAAAGUAGAGAAGAAGAAGACGCCGAGAAGCUAAAUCGGGAGUGGCGCAUUAUAGCAGUCCGCCAUAUCCUUCGGUGUCGCUUCUCCUCUCCGAUUACAUCGGUCUCUUCUCUUCUUCCGAAUCGAUGGCUGCUCCACCGGCUAGGGCCAGAGCCGAUUACGACUAUCUCAUAAAGCUUCUUUUGAUUGGAGAUAGCGGUGUGGGUAAAAGUUGCCUCCUCCUACGUUUCUCGGAUGGCUCAUUCACGACUAGCUUCAUUACCACCAUUGGCAUUGACUUUAAGAUAAGAACCAUUGAGCUUGAUGGCAAACGUAUCAAGCUCCAGAUUUGGGACACUGCUGGUCAAGAACGUUUCCGCACCAUCACCACUGCUUAUUACCGUGGGGCAAUGGGCAUUUUACUAGUGUAUGAUGUCACAGACGAGUCCUCCUUCAACAACAUAAGGAACUGGAUUCGGAAUAUCGAACAGCACGCUUCAGAUAAUGUUAACAAAAUCUUGGUGGGGAACAAGGCUGACAUGGACGAAAGCAAGAGGGCUGUACCAACAGCCAAAGGUCAGGCUCUUGCUGAUGAGUACGGAAUUAAGUUCUUCGAAACUAGUGCCAAGACAAACCUAAACGUGGAAGAAGUUUUCUUCUCCAUUGGCAAGGACAUAAAACAGAGGCUUUCUGACACUGACUCCAGGGCUGAGCCUGCCACGAUCAAGAUAAGCCAAACGGAGGCAUCUGGAGCCGGGCAAGCCACCCAGAAGUCUGCAUGUUGUGGAAGUUAAUAAAAAUUUGAGAUUGAAGUGGAAACUUAAGAUUUCGUGAGGUGCUUGUGUAAUUUUUAUUUCUGUUCCAACAUUCCUGGUUCUUUCUUAAUUGCCUUUCUCUAUUUGUAGGAAGGUUUAAUUGAAACUUGUAUUCUUCUUUUAUUCAUACAAUGUUAUGUUAGUCAUCUAUUAUCUUGCUUGGCUCUUUUAUUUAA